AUGACCAAACUCCUCACCCCCAUCCGCGUCGGCCGCGUCGAGCUCUCAAACCGCAUCGCCAUGGCGCCAAUGACGCGCUUCCGCGCCGACGACAACCACAUCCCCCUCCCAUUCAUGAAGGAAUACUACGCACAACGCGCCUCGGUCCCAGGAACCCUCCUGAUCACAGAGGCAACUUUCAUCAGCCCCCGGGCCGGCGGAUACCCCAACGUCCCUGGAAUCUACAACGACGCCCAAAUCGCAGCCUGGAAAGAAAUUACCGACGCAGUGCACGCCAAGGGUAGCCACAUCUACGUGCAACUGUGGGCGCUCGGCCGUGUCGCCAACCCAGAAGUCCUAAAAUCCGAAGGUGACUUCGAACUCGUUUCUAGCAGUGCCACGCCGGCCGCUGAGGGGUCUCCUACGCCUCGCGCGCUUGAGGAGGCUGAGAUCGGCGGCUGGGUUGGGGAUUAUGCUCAGGCUGCGAAGAAUGCUGUUGCCGCUGGAUUUGAUGGUGUUGAGAUUCAUGCUGCUAAUGGGUAUCUGAUUGAUCAGUUCAAUCAGGAUACUUGUAAUGUGCGGAGUGAUGGGUAUGGAGGCAGUGUUGAGGCUAGGGGACGCUUUGCUGUUGAGGUUACCAAGGCGGUGGUUGAUGCUGUUGGUGCGGACCGGACUGGUAUUCGGUUUAGUCCUUGGAGUACGUUCCAGGGCAUGCGCAUGGAGGAUCCGAAGCCGCAAUUUGAGUAUCUUGCUACGCAGAUGGCUGCGUUGAAGCUUGCUUAUGUUCAUGUUGUUGAGUCGCGGAUUGCUGGUAAUGCUGAUGUUGAGUCGACGGAUCAGUUGGAUUUCUUUAUCGAGGCUUAUGCUGAUGCUUCGCCGGUCAUUGUUGCCGGUGGGUAUAAGGCUGAUUCGGCGGCUCAGGCUGUUGAUGCCAAGUAUAAGGAUCAUGAUGUUAUUAUUGGCUUUGGUCGGCCUUUUAUUACCAACCCUGAUCUGGCGUUCCGGAUUAAGGAGGGCAUUUCGUUUGUGCCUCAUGAUCGGACGAACUUUUAUGUUCCCAAGGAUCCUAAGGGAUACAUUGACUAUGAGUUCAGUGAGGAGUUCAAGAAGACCGUCGGAGUUCAGGCCUGA